GAAGACCCCGUUGAGAGACUUCAUCACUCUGCGACGGGCCAAUUGGACCAAUAGAAGCGUCGGCUUUCUAGACGUGUCAGCCAAUGAGAAGAGGCCAGGUCCAUUUGAAUGGUGAGAAGCGGGCUCUCGUUGUCAUUUAAGUGCGAAACUAAGCGAGCGUUGCAAUUCGAGCACUCAAAAAGAAAAAGAGAAAGAAACCAACUAAAUUCAGUCCCUCUCCGAGAAAUCAGCUGUCCCUGACGUUUUCCAGUCCCUCCCGCCCUCCACCAGGCUGCCAGCAUGUCGCACAAACAGAUCUACUACUCUGAUAAAUAUGACGACGAGAAAUAUGAAUACAGACAUGUCAUGCUGCCCAAAGAUAUUGCCAAGCGUGUACCAAAGACUCAUUUGAUGUCAGAGUCUGAAUGGAGGAACCUUGGUGUGCAGCAGAGCCAAGGAUGGGUUCACUACAUGAUCCACCAGCCAGAGCCACACAUCUUGCUCUUCAGGCGCCCCCUGCCCAACCAAAAGUAAAACAAACUCAAAUGUAGCGGUCAUGCUGCUGGAUUACAAAUCUCUUGCGUGGUGCUGGCCUGACUUGAAAUGUGAGAGAAUCAGGUCGUGGACUGGAAAGGGCUAUCUUGAAAUGAACUGAACAAUGGGGAUAUGAAAUAAUGGAGGGAAAAAAAUCAACUCACUUGUGAAGGCAGAAGAAAGACUUCUGCUCAUUUGCUGUCUGCUUCAAUCUCUAAUCUUUUUGUCCAAGUUGCCUGCAUUUUUUUUUUUUUUUUUAAAUAAACUUACUGGGUCGAGAGCUGAAGAAAAAGCCACAUAUGGAUCGUCACUUGUGGUCCAUCAAACAUCAUCAUGGACAUGCGGCGUGACUUGUUGCUGCUGGGUGGAAAUGAACGUUUCACUUUUUUUUUUUGGUCGUCAUGAAAGCUGCUUCGGCGAAUUUGACAGUCCUCGUUUUCUAUUUUUCCUGAGGGAGAGAGCGUUGGCUUCCUGUGAACACGAGCUGCUCUGUAUAUAUGAAUGUUUUGCCAUUUCUGAAAUAAAUGUCCAAUGUUUUGAAA